GCCACCACUAACCAGUAGGAGACUGUGGUGCCACCUUCAGAGUGAGAGUUGCCUGCGGUGGAAAGUUAAAAGCCAGGGGCUGUACUGCUGUCCCUCAGCAGACAUCAACAUGAUUCCCAUCGUGCUGGCCUCAGUGCUCAUUGCAAGCACCCUCGGGUGCGGCACCCCACCCAUUGAGCCCCUAACUUCCCGUGUGGUCAACGGAGAGGAUGCCAAGCCCCACAGCUGGCCCUGGCAGAUCUCUCUGCAGUACAACAAAGAUGGUGAGUGGAGGCACACUUGUGGAGGAUCUCUGAUUGCUGCCAACUGGGUCAUGACUGCUGCUCACUGCAUCAACCGGAGGCCCCAUUGCUGAUAAGCUGCAGCAGGCUUUGAUGCCUGUGGCCGACCACGCCACCUGCUCCAAGCCCGACUGGUGGGGCAUCGCUGUUAGGACCACCAUGAUGUGCGCCGGUGGAGAUGGAAUCGUGGCUGGAUGCAAUGGUGACUCUGGUGGUCCUCUGAACUGUAAGAAUGCUGAUGGUGUCUGGGAGGUCCACGGUAUUGCCAGCUUUGUGUCUGGCCUCGGCUGCAACUUUGUGAAGAAACCCACCGUGUUCACCAGAGUUUCUGCUUUUAACGACUGGAUCGAUCAGGCUAUGAUGAACAAUUAAACAUGAUAAUAUGUCAAUAAAAUAAUAAUCGAUUUUA